AUGAAAUUUAAUUAUAAAUUGCAAAUUCUCUUGAUAAUUUGUUUGCUCCCAUUAGCCUAGCUUUUACAAGUUGUCGAAAAAGUAGAACCUGAAGUAAAAGAAGAAAGUAGCAAAUAAGAGAUAGAUAAUAAACAAUUAUUUUAAUUAGAAUAUAAUAGUCUAAAGCUUAUCAUAUAGUAAUCAAAAUUAGUAGUUGUCUAUCUCCAUGAAGGUGAAAUUAAUCAAGAAAUCGAACAAAUUUUAGGAGAAGCAGCUAAAGAAAUCUCAGAGUAUAGAUUAGCUAAAUAGCUUCCAGUUGCCUUAUUUGGAACUGUUGAUAGCUCAUAAGACAAAGAAAUUCUAUCUUUCCUUAAAAUAUCUUAUAGCAACGAACAAAAGCAUUAACUUAUACUAUUUAUUUAAGGAAAUCAAAUAAAUUAUGAAGGAGAAUAUAACAAAGAAUAAAUCCUUUCAUUCAUCAAAGGCAAGAUAGAAAACUCUAUAAAGGAAAUAAAAACUGAAGAAGAACUGAAAGAAUAUAUGAAGGUAAAUGAAAAAAAGAAAGUUUUGAUAGGAAGCAACAAUAGUACAUUCAUUGACUUACUACAAGAAAAAGAAUAAAAUUAUGAAUUAUUUACAAACAUGGAUAUUCAAGAAGUUAGAUUAAUUACUGAUUAAUCACUCUUAAAUCAAAUUCCUGAAUUAAAAGAUUCAAAAUUACCUUUUGUAUGCUUUGUCAAAAAUAAUUAAUUCCCUGAAGAGAAACACUAUCAUUUCUACGAAGGAAGUUUUGAUCAUGUUGAAUGGAUUAAGGACUAUGUUUUAGUUGAAUCUAUCAAUUUAGUCGAAGAAUUAAAUGCUGAAAGCUAUGUUAGAGUUUUUGCUAGCUCAGUAGAAAGUCAAAUUCAUUUAUUUUUGGAUCCCAACGUUGAUAACUCACAAGUAAUUUAAGAGUUCCGUAAGGCUGCUCUUUACAACAAAGAAGAAGAACUUAGAUAUGAAAGAAUGGUUUUCGUUAUCCAAUACUACUCAGACGAAACAAAAGAGUUCAUUCAACUUUAUGAUGUUAGAGGUGUGUAAGAUCUUCCAUUUAUAGGAAUUUCUACUUUAGAUUACAACAGUUUUGGAAUCACUAAAUACAUUUAUGAUAAAUAAAAUUAAAUGGUAUCUGAAAAUAUUAAUAAAUUUAUUGAUGAUGCUAGAAAAAAAGUGAUAGAAGUCCACUUAAGAAGUGAAGAGCUUCCAACUGAAGAAUAGCUUAAAUAAUAAGAACAGAAUAAAAUUUAUAAGUUAGUUGGUUAAAACUUCAAAGAAAAAGUAAUUAAAGAUAAGUUUAGCUAUUUUAUACUAUUUUGGGAUAGCAAGGAUAAGAAUUCAGCAAAAUAAUACUUUGAUUUCUUAAAAAAAUUUGUGAAUGAGAUACCAGCUAUUCAGUAUGAACAUCUUUUAAAAAUCGCCACUUUUGAUCUUAACAAAAAUGAGGUAUAGUAUCUCAAUAUUGAUUAAGCACCUAAAUUUGUAGUCUAUCCUUAAUAUUAUAAAUAAAAUCCUUAAGGUUAUAAAGGACCUCUUAAGAUUGAAAGUAUCUCUAAAUUUUUAAAUCAAUGGGUCAGAGAUCUUCAAAUCAGCGUACCUUUACCAUUAGGUGGCUCUUAAAAACAAGAUUUAUGA